GUCGAAACUUUUGUCCACGAAUAUUUUCGAAUGAUUACAAUUGAAGUUGUACUCGCUUGUUUUGUCACAAAUGAAAAUCUAGACGAGUGUGGUGAUUCUGUAUGUUUUUUUUUAACGAAAACCAAACCGCGAAUCAAAUCGCGAUUUUCUGUGCUUCUUGAUUGUACUUACAAAGGCGCUAAAUAUAUUUUUUCAUUCGAGUAAUUUCAAUAAUGCACGAGUUAUCAGUAAUGAUUUUCGAAAAAUACAAGCUUCGUUUGCGAUAAUGCACGAAUAACGAAUCGACUUGUACCUCGAGAAAGGUUUGCUCGUUGACAAUUACGAAAUUCAUCGCGAUACUCGUUAUCGAGUGUUCUGUUUACCAGUUACAUAACGCGUACUCGGUGUGUGAAUGAAAGUGGACUGGUUUAUGGGCAACUUCUACGUACGGUAUGUGUAGUACCGCGAUCAAGUGCAGUGGCGAAAGCGUGCAUGUUUGAUGGGGUGAUAAUAGAGUUGUACUCUCGGCUAACAAACGAUUCUACGUUGUUUAUCUUGGAAUUUAUAGUGCGUGUGUUUCUCGAUGUGAUGAAGUGUAAAGUGUCAACCAGAACGAUACACGGUGUUCUUGAAUAAACCAUUGCUUUCAUCAUGGCUCGUCACGUCGGAAUAUUACUGCUGGUGGUUCCCCUCCUCAUCUCCUUCGGAGAAUCUCAAUCGUUCCUGGACUUGAUGAAGAGUUACGGGCCCUCGUUGGAAGUCUUAAAUAGAAUCGAUCCGAGUAACAAGCGGUACGACUUCAUCGUCGUAGGCGCCGGUUCGGCUGGCUCCGUGCUGGCGAAUCGUCUCUCGGAGAACAAGAAAUGGAACGUCCUCCUUCUGGAAGCUGGAGGGACCGAGACUCUGUUUAAUCAAAUCCCGAUCUUCGUGGGUUACUUCCAAUUGUCCAACUUCAACUGGGGCUACAAAGUCGAGCCUCAAAAGAACGCCUGUCUGGGAAUGGUGAACCGACAAUGUUCCUGGCCACGUGGCAAAGCUUUGGGCGGUACCAGCUCGCUCAAUUACAUGAUCCACACGCGAGGAAACAAGCUUGAUUACGACAUCUGGGCCGCGCUCGGGAACGAGGGCUGGUCUUAUAACGACGCGUUGUAUUAUUACAAGAAAAGCGAGAGAUUCGAUGUUCCAGGCAUCAAGAAUUCCACCUACCACGGAGACAAAGGUUAUCUAUGCGUGGAACACGUUCCAUACCACACGGAGCUGGCCACAGCUUUCCUAGAAGCUGGAACUCAGCUCGGAUACAAGAUCGUGGACUACAACGGCCAGGACCAGAUCGGAUUCUCGUACAUCCAAGCGACCAUGGACAAGGGGUCCAGGUGCAGCGCUUCGAAAGCUUACCUGCGACUCAACAGACCGAACUUGAACAUCGUCGUAGGUGCAACAGUCACCAAAGUCUUGAUCGACGAGAACAAGCGUGCUAUCGGGGUCGAGUACUCGUGGAACAACCAGACCAAGAAGGUCUUCAGCUCUAAGGAGGUCGUUCUUUCAGCGGGAACGAUCGAUUCAGCGAAGCUACUGAUGUUGUCUGGAAUAGGCCCCAAGGAUCACCUGGAGGAACUCGGAAUCAAGGUCAUCCAAGACUCCAAAGUCGGUUACAACAUGUACGAGCACAUCGGCUUUCUCGGCUUGACUUUCAUGGUGAAUCAAUCCGUGGCGUUGCUGCAAAGCAGACUGGCGAGACCGAGCGUGUUUGUGCAGUACUUUUUCAACAGAAGCGGCUUGAUGUCUCUUCCUGGCGGAGCGGAAGCUCUGGCGUUUAUCAGAACCAAGUAUGCUCCGGACAGUAGGCCAGACAUAGAGCUUUUAUUCGCGUCGGGAUCCCUCCACUCUGACGGCGGCUAUCCCCUGAAGAAGGCGCUCCGGAUCACCGACGAGCUCUACGACACCGUCUUCAAGCCUAUCGAGAACGAGGACGCCUGGUCCAUCUGGCCCAUCCUGCAGAACCCGAGGAGCGUCGGUAGACUCACUCUAAAAUCGAAGGAUCCCUUCGAACCACCUAAAAUGGACCCGAAUUUCUUCACGCAUCCAGCGGAUUUGGAGAUCAUUCUAGAAGGGAUCAAGCACGCCAUCAACAUCUCGAAGACGGCUGCUUUCCAGAAGUACGGUACCAGGCUGCACGAUAUCAAGAUUCCUGGCUGCGACAAGUUCGAAUUUGCUAGCGACGAUUACUGGCGAUGCGCGGUUAAACAUCUGCCUUCGAUGAUGAACCAUGAGAUAGGCACCGUCAAGAUGGGUCCUAAGAGCGAUCCUGAUGCAGUUGUGGAUCCACAGCUGAGGGUAUACGGGGUUCAAGGGCUCAGGGUCGCGGAUGCAUCGAUAAUGCCAACGAUGCCCUCCGGGCACGUGAACGCAGGGAUUUAUAUGAUCGGUGAGAAGGCGGCGGACAUGAUUAAACGAUCUUGGAUGUGAGGAAUGAGAUGGUUUGAGACAGGGACUUUAUACUUGCAUGAUUUUAACACUAAACCCACCACGACCGGUCAAAUGACUAUUCAAACUUUUUUAUACAGUUCCUUUAUGCUAUAUAUGAAUUAUAUACAAUUGUUUCGGGCAUUGUUCAACUUAGUAACAAGUGAAAUAUUGUUUGCAUUUGACGGGUACGAUCACUCUAGAUGCUGAAAUAAAGGCCUAACUUUGAUAAUUAAUUUUGAGAGUAUCGCAAAAGGAAUAGGAUUACUUUUUACAGGGUUUAUUCAACACACAUUGCAGUAUAAACAAAGAUUGUUGUUUUGUAAUUUUAGUACAAAAUGACGGCGACAAAGCGAGUCUCCAGAAUGACUUUUCUUUAAACGCCUUCACAGAAGGACGGUUUUUUCGUUGAGUAUAAAAUCUGGAAUAAAUAACCAAAAACUUUUAUAAUCUAUAUACUGUUGCCUAUAGAAGUACGUAGGGUUUUUUUUUAAAUCAAAUAGUGUAGAAAUAGCGCACUAACCCAUUUCUAGGUCAAAAAAUAAAUAGUUAAUUGUUAAUAAAAACGAAAGUGUACAUUAAAUAAAAAAACUGCUACGUACUUCUAUAGCAAACAGUAUAUAUGUCAUAAAUUGUAUUGGUUUUCUGUUCCAAAUGUUAUACAGAGCGAAAAAACCGUCCUCCCAUGAAGGCGUUUUAAAAAAACUCAAUUUUGAAGACUCCCUUCAGCGCCGCUAUUUUGUACUAAAAUAAUGAGACAACAGUUUUUGUUUAUACUUCAAUAUGUGUUAAAUAAACCCUGUAAAAAGAAAUCCUAUUCCUUUUGCGGCGCUCUCAAAAUUAAUUAUCAAAGUUAGGCCUUUAUUUCAGCCUCUAAAGUGGUGUUACCCCUUAAUUGAAAGAAGUGUCUUUAAGACUAGUCAUCUGUCCUACCACGAUAGAAAUAUGUACUUGCAAAUGAAAUGCCGGUAGGUUUAAUGUUAAUACGUCACCAAAAAAUGCUAACUACAACUAUCAUUCUUUAAUUAUCUUAUUUAAUUAACUUCGAGAAUUUUUUUGUAGUCUAUAAAAUGAAGAACGAUUCCAAUGUUUUUCUAUUAAUAAUACUAUUCAGAAAGAGUACAUAAAUAUUUUCGUACGAACUUUAUACAAAUUAUGAAUAGAAAAACACAUUGGAACUUUAUUUAAUAGAUUACGAACAUUUUCGAAAGAUUAAGCAUACUCCAAAAAUUUCGUUCGUAGUCUAAAGAACGAUCCCAACGUCUCUUCUACCAAUAAUACUAUUCAAAAAGAGUAUAUAAAUAUUUUCGUACGAUCAUUAUACAAAUUAUUAGUAGAAAAAAUAUUGGAAUCGUUCAUUAUUUGAUAGGCUACGAACAAAAUUCCUAAACUAUGCGUAAUUUUUCGGUCGUCACACCAGAAGGAUCUUAAUAACGAUAUUAUAUCAGCGAGAUACCAAAAUCGAUACACGGGGUGAAUCACGUCUGAAGUUUCGAGAUUUGAAAAUGUUUUAUUUAAAGAGAGACGUAUUAUGAUGAGC